CGUUUUCAACCGUUAAGCCUAACGGUUCGUCGCAAAAAAUAAAUAAGAACUGUGUAGCGCUUCGCAAAUGUUCCUGUGCGAAUUGAAUUAUGAUUAGUUUGGCAGCUCGGCCUUAGUUCAAGUGAUUUGUUUACAUUUAAUUUAAUUAAUUAGAAGCCUUUGAAAACCAAGCAGUGCUUCUGUGUACGUGGGUGACCGCAAGUUGCAUUGGUGUCGCGCUCUUAUAACAGUAAAGGUGUAAAAAGUCGGACAAACGGUUCCAGGACGGAGGUGAAACGCAGUCAUGGUCGUUAAAGAGAUUCCGCUCCACGAGAACCUAAGCAUGGAGACUCGAUCUGCCAAUGCCGCAACGCCAACAACGACCACCACCUUCUCUCGAGUGGGACGUCGAUAUAGUCUUUCCCUAACCACUGCCAUCCUGCUGGCUUCCGUUUUCAUCUGCACACUUCUCGCGGUAGGAUUUAUUGUCUAUAACUUUGCCACGUGCGCUGAACCUGAGCCGGACUCCGACGAGGAUAUAGUAUGCACUAGUGUGCAUUUGAGAAAGCUAAAAUCUGGACUGGAUGGACCACCCAAAUAUGAUCGAGAUGUCCGUUUACCCCGCUCCAUCCGCCCGCUUAAGUACAACAUUACGUUGGAACCACAGCUCAGCGGCAACUUCUCCUUUGCCGGUACUGUUCAAAUCAAAAUAAAAGUGCUGGAGGACUGCUACAACAUCACCAUGCAUGCCGAGGAGCUAAACAUCUCGCGUAGCGACGUCUCUGUUCGCCGGGUGCUAGCAGGCGAUGAGCUCGAUGGGGACAGUCUGCGGAUCCGUAAACAGUAUCUAGUGGGAGCCAAGCAGUUUUUCGUGAUUGAGCUGUACGACAAGUUGCUCAAGGGCGUGGAGUAUGUGGUGCAUUUGCGAUUCGACGGAAUUAUUGAGGAUUAUCUGCAGGGAUUUUACCGUAGCUCCUACGAGGUGCACAAUGAAACCAGGUGGGUAGCUUCAACUCAGUUCCAGGCUACAGAUGCUCGUCGCGCUUUUCCCUGCUUCGAUGAGCCCGCACUGAAAGCCAACUUUACCCUGCACAUUGCUCGCCCUCGCAACAUGACCACCGUCUCUAACAUGCCCAUUGUUUCCACCAACGAUCACGCCACCAUAUCGAGUUACGUGUGGGAUCACUUUGCUGAAUCCUUGCCCAUGUCCACUUAUCUGGUGGCCUAUGCCAUAUCCGACUUUACGCACAUCUCCUCCGGCAACUUUUCCGUGUGGGCGCGAGCGGAUGCCAUAAAAUCGGCAGAGUAUGCACUGACUGUGGGUCCAAGAAUUCUCACCUUUCUGCAGGACUUCUUCAAUGUCACGUUCCCCUUGCCGAAGAUCGAUAUGAUUGCUCUGCCUGAGUUUCAAGCAGGUGCCAUGGAGAACUGGGGACUCAUUACCUUCAGAGAGACAGCCAUGCUUUAUGAUCCUGGAGUGGCAACUGCCAAUAACAAACAGCGAGUAGCAUCUGUUGUGGGUCACGAAUUGGCCCACCAGUGGUUCGGCAACCUGGUGACGCCCAGUUGGUGGUCGGAUAUUUGGUUGAACGAAGGUUUCGCUAGCUAUAUGGAGUAUCUUACGGCCGAUGCAGUUGCCCCGGAGUGGAAACAGUUGGAUCAAUUUGUGGUCAAUGAACUGCAAACCGUUUUUCAGUUAGAUGCCCUCUCCACCUCUCACAAGAUUUCCCACGAAGUAUUUAACCCACAGGAGAUUUCUGAGAUCUUUGAUAGAAUUUCUUAUGCCAAGGGAUCGACUAUAAUCCGCAUGAUGGCGCACUUUCUCACGAAUCCAGUUUUUCGCCGGGGUUUAAGCAAAUACCUUCAAGAAAUGGCCUAUAACUCCGCAACACAGGACGAUUUGUGGCGUUUCCUAACGAAUGAGGCAAAGUCCUCUGGGCUGCUGGACCACAGCAGAAGUGUCAAGGAGAUUAUGGACACCUGGACUUUGCAAACGGGCUACCCAGUGGUAAAGGUAUCGAAGCAUCCCAACUCGAAUGUGAUUCGCCUGGAACAGGUUCGAUUUGUGUACACAAACACCACCAGGGAGGAUGAAAGUCUGCUUUGGUGGAUACCCAUAACAUUUACCACUGCUGCGGAGUUAAACUUUGCCAACACCCGACCCACUACUUGGAUGCCACGAACUAAGUUGUAUGAGCUGGAGAACAGGGACCUAUCUACAGCUAAGUGGUUCAUCUUUAACGUUCAACAAACGGGAUACUAUCGGGUCAACUAUGAACUGGAUAACUGGAAGGCAAUUACCGAUCACCUCAUGGACGUGCAGCACUUUGAGGAGAUUGCUCCGGCUAAUCGUGCCCAGCUCAUCGAUGAUGUGAUGAAUUUGGCCAGGGGUUCGUAUCUCUCCUAUGAAACUGCCAUGAAUUUGACUCGUUACCUGGCUCAUGAAUUGGGUCAUGUGCCAUGGAAGGCGGCUAGCAGUAAUUUCAUUUUUAUCGACUCAAUGUUUGUUAAUUCCGGUGACUACGAUCUUUUAAAGAACUAUUUACUGAAACAGCUGAAUAAAGUCUACAACCAGGUGGGAUUCGAGGACUCGCAGGGCGAUUCGGAGGAUAUUCUGUUGAAAUUAAAGCGCGCCGAUGUGCUGGGUAUGGCCUGCCAUUUGGGUCACCAGGAAUGUAUAUCUGAGGCCAGUCGGCACUUCCAGAAUUGGGUGCAGACCCCGAACCCUGAUUCAAACAAUCCCAUUGUGCCAAACCUUCGGGGAGUCGUUUAUUGCUCGGCGAUACAAUACGGCACCGAGUACGAGUGGGACUUUGCCUUUGAGCGUUACCUAAAAACCAAUGUUCCUGGAGAAAAGGACCUGCUUUUAAGUGCUCUCGGCUGCUCCAAGGAACCCUGGUUGCUCUAUCGUUACCUGCGUCGUGGCAUUGCCGGCCAGCAUAUAAGGAAGCAAGACCUGUUUCGGGUAUUUGCAGCCGUUUCCAGCACUUUGGUGGGUCAGCAGAUAGCAUUCGAUUUCUUGCGCAACAACUGGCAGGAGAUCAAAAGCUAUAUGGGCUCCCAGAUGUCCAACAUCCACACGUUAUUCAAGUUCGCCACGAAGCGUUUUAACACCAAAUUCCAGCUAGGCGAGUUCGAGAACUUUGUGAAGGACGCCCACUGGGACUACGACAGACCCAUCCAACAGAUCGUGGAACAGAUCGAGACCAGCGUUGACUGGAUGAACAAGAACUAUAAGUCUAUCGUAAAGUGGUUGCAGAACGAGGAGCGGGCGUAAGAAAAGAACCCUGCAGCUUGACUGGAUCAACGCUGCAGCAGUAUUAGAGUCCGCAGCUGCAACUGCAUAAGAUGGGCCAUUAAUGCAUUUAUGUCUAGUAUUUAUGUCCCGUGUUUUACCGAUUUAAUGUCGCCAAAGAGAAAAAGCCCUUGGCAGAUCGUCCAGAGCAUCACGUUUUUCAUUAAUUUUAAUGUAUGCCUUCUUUUCAUAACAAUUAUGAGAGUCUUGUAUUUUUAAUUUGUACUUAAAUGUAAAUGUAAAUGGAAUAUACCCUUGUUCGUCACAAAAAGUCGUGUAAAGCUUA